CACAUUCCAUGCUGGGGGUGACAAGUUUGGGGCCAGCCAGCUGCUGGGUCAGCAGGUGGUCACCCCGCAGCAUCAUCCCUUCCCUCCUCUCUCUGCCCCUCCUCUUCUACCUCCACUCCUCUCGCUGUCUCUGCCCACUCUCUGCCCACCCCCAGACUACUGUGACUUAAAAAGAGGGAACAGGAACCAGCACCCAAGUGGGCCGUGGGCAGCUGGAGGUCCCCGCUCAGUUGCACUACAAACACUGACCAAAUAUGCAAGCAAAGAGCUUUGUUUGUUUGUUGUUGUCUUGCACAGUGUUGUGAGGGACCCCGAAGCCCCUGUCCUGUGUCUGACCAGGUGGUGAGGUACAGGAAAAAACAGGCCCGCACAGACCGCGGGUGGGUCUCUCCCCAAGGCUGCAGGCAGCGAGGACACAUGACGUGCUUGGGGCUAAAGUCACUCACUGACCAAGUUGGAACCGGAAUGCUUUCUUACUCAAAAUGGCUUUUGUAACUCUUGAUUUCUAAAGCCGGUUUUAUGAGCUAUGACAGUGUUAACUGUUUUUUGAGUAUGUGUUUAUUUCCUACAAAGUACCUAUGGGACUAAUGGGCAAAACCUAGAUUUUUAAGUCUUCCGUAUGCUGUUUGACUUUUAUAUUUUUAAGUUAUAUUUUCAUACUAUUGUAUUUAAAAACUCUUUUUAAUCCCCAAAGAAAUGGAUUUGUUUGCCUUUCAUGGGGUAUGAGCUGUGGGAGGAAGAAGUCAAGAGUUUUUCUACUUGGGAUAUUGUUAAGUAAUGUCCUACGAUAAGAUGAGGCAAGUGACCCCAGUGGGCAAGGUGGACGGCCUUUGCCUGGAAUCAGAACCCGUGGUUGUGGAAGGUCAGGUCUGUGCAUGAGGCAGCUGGUCUGAAGGUGGAUCUGCGUGCCCCAGAGUGUGUGGAACAGGAGGGGAUCUGCCAGGACCCCAGUCACUUCUGCUGGCAGGUUAGAGGUCUUGGUUUAACUGGUAAAGGAGCCUAAGAGUUAGGUUUUUGUGUCCAGAGGAAUCAAGAGCAUGGGCUGCUCGUGUUUGUUCCCUGCCUCUCCCCAGAGCUUCCAGAUCUCAAGUGUAAAAUAGUCCCAGCCUCUUAGCCUCUACUACAGCAGCCUGCAGAGUCAAUCCUCUUCUGGUGCCUGUCACCUGCUGUUAUCUGCUCAUUUUACAUGGAAGUCUGGAGAACAUCCACAUGGCCAGACGAGCCUGUUUUCAGUCCCCCCUUCCCCACUCUGCAGAGCAUGGAGGCUGGGGUGGGCAGGUAGAGGUGAGACAACCUGCUCUAAAUCCAGAGGCUGCAGCCCCUCCUCACAUGGUAGCACCUGCUCUUCAGCCUGGCCACAGGCCCCUGUGGCUCGGAGAGUUUGCUGAAUAGAGGUGGAGCUGGCUGAGCCCAGCACUUUCCUGCUGUGGAAGCAGCAGGGUGGAGUUGCCCAGUGGUUUGUCAUGCCAAGAGGCAGCCACAGAUCCUUAGGAACAGAAAACUAUAAUGAAACAAAAAACUAUAAAACAAAAAACUAUAAAAACGCUAUAAUGCGGGCUACAAGUGAGACAAGCGCAGAGGCCAUUCCACUCAGAACCAUCUUUUUAAACCUGUGUAAAAACAUGUUCCUCUUCAGCAUAAUGGGUCUGAAUAUGUUUGUGGUAUGUAAGCCAGACUGUUGAACCAGGCACCUGGAACUGUCGUCUGCUGCUGCUUGUGGUCCUGCCUGUCUUGGACAUGGUGGAAUAGCUUAGGGAGGCCCUCUCAGCCCCUCUUCCUCCAGGAAUGCGGAAUCACUGUGAGGAGCAGGGACUGUAGCUGUGCAGUAGGAGGUGACUCCACCAGUGUGGGGAUCGCUGCCAGAGGAGGGGACAGGCUGGCAGUGAGCGAGAUGGAGCCUGCGCAGGUCCCACAAUGCUCCUGCUCUCAUUCACUCUCUUUGGUUCCUCCCAUUCCAUAACUGUGGUCUUUCCCUACCACAUCUCCACGUCUCCAGUGGGGGCUCUCUUGGGUUGCCCAUCCCCAGACUACUGUGACUGGCAAGACCCAAGACUGGCAUUUCUGGGGAGACUGUCACUCAGAGUUCAAGCUUCAUGUUCAGUCUUGAGUUCCCAGUGUUUCCAAACCAGGUUCAGGGGUAGGGGACCACUGUCUGUAAAAGAAGGAAACUUGGGGUUGUAUACACCUCAGAGGACCUCAUAUCCAGGCUUGUCCCAGCAUCCACUGAACAGUGAGCUUGAGGGACAGAGGUAGCAAGUGAGUGCUGGUGGUGUCCUGUGUCCUGAUUGUUGUUAAUAAGGGCUUGAGUCUCUGAGCUGCAGCUGUGUAACUGGUUGACAAGGGUGGAGGUCGAACAGGGAGUCUGUCUGAUCCCAGGGGCCUCUUGGUGUGUGGGCUUGGACGGUGUGGCAUCAUCACAUGUUAGGCCUUCCCAUCCUCCUGUGCCCUGGGAGAGCCUCCAGCUCUCUAGUCACUGGGGCUCUUACAUGGCACACUCUCCCAUGAAAGCAACACAGAGAGCUGUGGUCAGGACUUCCUCCUGAGCUGUCCUCCCUCCCUGGGUUGAGUUUCCUCACCACCUGCUCCGAGGUGCCUUACGAGGUGCAGCCCUUCACUGGCUAAUGGCAGGCGUCACCGUGCUUGAGAAAUGAUGGGAUACUGACGGAAUAUUGUAUACGGUCAAUCUGAUUUGUCCAAAUCUGAACCUUGGCCAAGCCACCCACAAUGGAAGCUUGAAAUCAAGGUCAGGAACAGGUUUCUUGUAACUAUUGAAAAUAAACCAAUAUGGCAGAACUGUGAUCUGAUUGGAAAAGGUGGUUGUUGCUGUUAUUUCCUUUUGGCUGUUAUUAGGACAUUGACAAUGGCAAGGGAGAUGGUGAUGAGAUCCUGGGUGUUAAUGGCUUCUCAGUCCACAUAGCCUGAAGAUGUGCAAGGUGAGGGUCUGUGGCCCCUCAGCCCUUGAGCACUGUGGUGGCCUCCUGCCACAACUUUCACUUGUGCCCUCCCUGGUAACAGGGAGUCUUAGGUUAAUGUCACCUCUCAUGCCUCUUUCUUCAGGGAACAUAAAAAAGCUCAAAUGCAAGUCAUAACUUCCCUUCAGCAGUGUACCAGGGUCCACAUCUGAAGGCUGGCCCAGGACCCUGAGGGAGAAGGGCUUGCUCAGCCCUCCGGACUGCACUUCAGUGACCUUUUUGCAGCAAGUCAAGACAGGUUGCCCUGGGGGCUUUCUGCUGGCCAGACAGAGCAGCCACUUCAUAGGGCACAAGGCUGACUCUUAGAAGUUCCACACCCUUCCAGCUAAGAGGCAGAGCUCUGUUUUACCUUGUAAGACAUUGAAAGCCCCAAGGGGCAAUGCUUCUGGUGAGAGACUUUUGGUCUGACUUGCUUCGAGCACCUUGAGCUCCUGGGCAGGUGGGUGGGCAGGUCAGUUGGUUCAUUGAUUGGUUUGGUUGUUUUCAAUUUGAUUUUUCUUUUCAUGAAGUUUACUAGAAGUCAGACCUAUGUAAGCAGAACCGAGGCCACUUCAGCCGCCAUCCCAGCAAGGGUGUUUCGUCAGUGGUGUUACAAGUCACAGAAAUACAGUUUCGAAAUGAAAGGGAAGAUGAUGUACUUAUAUUGUAAAAUGGUUUACAAUAAAGUUUGACAUAACAGUUUUUUAAAAAAGAAACCAUCACUUUUGUGGUUGUUGGUUGUGUGUUUUUCUGGGGUUGAAAUAGCUUAAUGGAGUUUAAAACAAUGUCCCCAGUGGGUUAGAAGGCUCCCCAGGAAGCUGCAGGAGAAGGAACAUCACAUCGCCCCAUGCAGCAGCGAAGCCAGUCUGCCAAGGAAAGAAAUCAAACGUGCUCUUGCCGUGUCUACUUCCUUGCUAAUGAGAGACUAAGCCACUCUACCUCCAGAGGAAUGAGCCAUGCUGGGAGGUGGUGUGAGGAGGGAGCACCCCACAUCCUAUCCCAGAGGCCAUGGGCUGGGCAGAGCCAGCUGUGAGGCAGUGCUGAAGCCCCGGCUGGCACCCUGGUGCUGGUGGAAGGGCCCUCACCAGGCCUGGCGUGCCCUGCACUGCCCCUGGGAGUCCUGGCAUUCCCUGUCAGCACUCAUCUCAGCCUGAGCCUGGCCAUCCUCACAUUGGCCUCCUGGGAACCGAAACUAGAGUGGGGAUUGGGGUGGGGUUAAGGUAUGAUACCAGUGGAGUGGCAUUUGGAAUAACCAAAUGUCAAUGCCUGGUUGGGUUCCAUCUGCUAGAGCCUUCAAGAUAAAAAUAAUCUCCAUUGCAAACAGGAAAGGAACUGGGGUGUGUCUGCUCUGGUGGGGAUCGUCUCCACUCCCCACACCCACCCCAGGCUCAGAGCCCUGCCGUGUGGCCCUGGGGAUCUUCCCCUACAAAGAUGAGGGUGAUGGAAACAGAGGAGAACCAAGUCACCUUGCAGGAGGUCCUUGAGCCUGUCCCCUGCACAGCUCAAUACCUGGGGUGGGCUUCACUCCUUCUCAGGACUCUUGUAGCACUUAAGCUGUCCUGCUGGUCAGCCCCACCCCAUCCCUAUGACAUAUCCCAGACAGAGACUGUCCCUGGGACCCUCAUGUCAAGCAUUUUCUAGUCUUUCCUGGGCCCCCCUUCCCACUGCCUUGCUUCUUCCCUUUCAGUUUAGAAGGAGAGCCAGUCUCCAAGGUCAUGUGCCGGAAAUGGGCAGAGGACGAUGCUAUCCACAAAAAUCUGGUGGAGCAGCCCCCCAGGGUCCCCUUGGCCUCAGUUUCCCCAUCUGUGGGCCAUCAGUGGCCCCUUGCUCUGAGUCUAUCAUGAUGGCCCUGUGAGCUCACCCUAAGCAAAUGCUUCCAAGCACCAGACACUGGAAACUUCUGCCCUGCUGCUGCUCGGGAUAGAAAGUCACUUCCCACUAAAAUCCACAGGAAGGAGCAGAAGAGAGAGAAAAACAAGCUCAGAGCAUCCAACCCAGCUCAGGGCCCUCCCUCUCCUCACGGACAGCCCCCUACACUGGGAUGGGCUAUUGCAGACAGACAAGCCAAACUGUCACACACAUUCCUAGACCCACAUUCAUAAACACAGCCAGUCGCCAUUAGUGCCAGCACCUCCCACCUGCAAGUAGAGCAGCUGUUCCCAAGGGUGCAGGGUCUCCCCAGCUGUCUGCUUUCGCCAGGGCUGCUGUCCCCAUCAUGUCCGAGAAUAAACUCUGAAGCUAGUGGCUGAGUGGACUUGAAUCAUCAGAGAGCCUGUCGGAGGUAGGGGAGUGACUUACAGGGACGAGCCAGCAGGCUAUAUAAGCUCCAGAGGGCCAGGCUCCACGCAGAGCUCUUGCCUCGCUGCUGUCUGCCAGAGGCACCUUCAGGGAGCCAUCUCUUGCCCAGCACCCACCAUGUCCCAGGCUGGCGCUCCAGAAGCCCCCAUCAAGAAGAAGCGUCCCCCUGUGAAGGAGGAAGAUCUGAAGGGGGCCCGAGGGAACCUGGCCAAGAACCAGGCAAUCAAGUCCAAGACCUACCAGGUCAUGCGGGAGUGUGAGCAAGCUGGCUCAGUCGCCCCAUCUGUGUUCAGCCGUGACCGCACAGGCACUGAGACUGUCUUUGAGAAGCCCAAAGCUGGACCUGCCAAGAGUGUCUUUGGCUGAGAAGUGCUCAUCACGCCCCCUCCACCCGGAGCACCUGGACACAGGAGCCUUUCCCACGAACUUUUUUUAUGCCAGAAUAUGUCUUUCUUCCCAGCUGUCUUUGGGACCGCCGCCCUUGCCCCACAGCCCUGACCCUUUGCACCAGAACCUUGGAAACACCAAUAAAGAGUAUGCCCAAGUGGCCUCAGCAUUA